AAUAUCUCUCUGUACUGCGUCCUGCGCUGCAACGGUUUGGCGAACGAUUGGAUGGUGCAGUCAAGCGAGAGAUCAACAUCAGCGUAUUAGGGGAGCCAGCAUUAGCACAAGAGAUCACGGUAACCGAGUUCAAAGAUGCACCUGUAUCUGACUUCUAAGGUUCAAACUCAAGUUUUGCUGUGUGGUUGCAUUGUUCUGCCGUCGUUUUUGUUCUCGAUGACCGAUCCCUUGAUUCGAUACUCUGAUUUUGGUUUUGCCGCUGCGCCUUCGACCAUUGUUCGUUUUGCCAUAGCGUAUGAACGGCUUCAGCCUGUCUAUGCGAUCUAUAACUUCCUUGAAAAUAUGUAUAAGCGAAACCUCGUUUUUACAGCAGACGCUUUUGCGGCAAAUCUCGAUUACGUACUUGCCCUUCGUGAAGCUCUUGAGAAACCCAUUGGCCAAACGGGCGAGGAAUCAUCGUACAAGUUGGAUCCCGCAGUCUCUCGCUUUUCCUCGUCUGUCUUCCGCAGACGCUGUACAAUUAUUCGCCACACGUAGCAAAGCACCGUUACGCAGACACUGAGUAGGAGCUUCAGAACUUUUGGAUAAUGGCACUGAAACAAGUUAGCAAUUUCGCGAUUAGUAACCCUUCAUUCUUUUUCAUAUGGAUUGACGUACAC